AUGUUUAAGACUACACUUGGUCUGGUCAGACAAUUCACUCUGGGCAGACCUCUUUUGAAUGCCAAAUCGCCGAUAUCAUUCGCGUCAAUAGCGAAAUCCGUGGAUCCUGCAACUAAUCCAAUGACGAACCCAAUGUCGAAUGUCAUAUCGCCUCAGGACGCCAACAAAGAGACCAGCUCGCGUCCUACCAAGAAACGGGGUGAUCACACCGUGAAAUACAUACUAAACUGUCUGUUUACCAAGAACAACACUCAUUUCACGUACUCUGCAGUCGUGGAGGAUCUGAACUACCUGAAAAACAAUGCAGAGGCCACCUAUAACGAAAAAUUUCUGUACUAUCUGAAACUGCCACAAAAGGUGAAGUUCAGACUCUCAACGGGCAAUUUAGGGUUCCGCAAGGCCGCCCGUGGAGAGUACGAGGCUACUUUCCAGACCAGCGCGCGUUUAUUUCAAAUGAUCCAUCAGAAAAACCUGCUGGACAGAAACAUCGAAAUCGUGAUGAAGGACUUUGGGAAAGGCCGUGAGGCGUUUAUUGCUGCGCUCAACGGUAAGGAAGGCACGUCGGUGCGUAGAAACGUUGUGCGGGUCAGUGACGCGACUCCUAUCAAGUUUGGUGGUGUGAGAUCGCCAAGAAUGAGACGUUUGUGA